AUGUCCUUGCUGGUGAGCCUGGCCAGCGUCCUCCACUUCAGCACGCUGCUGCAUGUCCCAGCCCUGCCCGUGCGGUGGGGCCGCAAGUGCAUAUCGCGGAGCUUGGGAGGCAUCAACUUUGUUUUGAAGCGGACCGCGAACUUCUUCACGAUGUGCACAAUGGACGAGGACCUCGAGUACAUUAGACGGAAGAGGGAGCAGCUCGGGAAGAAGACGGAGCACAGGACGGCGCG